AAACAAAAGAAAAACAAUCACUAAGAUCUGAGGAGGGAGAGAGAGUGAAAGAGAGAGAGAGAGAGAAAAACAAAAAGAAAGAACAAUCACUUAGAUUUGAGGAGAGAGAGAACGCGAAAUGGGUAGAAAUAUAACAUACGACUUGAAGCACAUACUCUCUGGUUUCCUGACUGCUUCCAUGCUGCUGAUGUUAUGCAAUAUGAUCAAGACAGAUCAUAUUGACCCACUUUUGGGCAAUUUCUCAAUACAACCCAUCACUCCAAACAAUGGGACAAAAUCUUCUUCUGGUAAACGAUUCCUUACCUCAUCCGAUCCUUGGGGACUAAACAAAACUAAAGAAGUAUUAAAUCCUUGUUGGAGAAAAUCAACAAAUUCGAAACCACAAGAAUCAAGAGGUUUAAUAUUUGUCACAUUGGCACAAGACCCUGAGUAUUAUGUCUCACAGAUUGCUACAGCCGUUGUUGUUGCUAAAUACCUUGGAGCUACUCUAGUCAUUCCAAACAUAAGACAAUCUGAAUCGGGGCAAAAAAGGAAGUUUGGUGAAAUCUAUGAUUUGGAGAAAUUCACUGCAAGCCUAGACGAAAAAGUGGCUACACAAGCUAUGGAUUCACAAUUUGCAGAAACAUCUAAUCAAAGGGUUACCACAGUGAGGGUGCCUAACAUGGUUUCCAAAGAAUUCGUAAAGUCCAACAUUGAGCCAAUAUUCAAAACCACAAGAAACCUAAGGCUUUUUGUUUACUUCCCAUCAUCUAUGAAGCAGAAAAGGAUGAACCCAUACGCCUGUUUGGGUAUGUUUGACACCCUGAUGUUGAGACCAGAGUUGCAGGAAUCCAUAGACUCCAUGAUUGGAACACUGAAAACCCUCAACCCCAAUUCAGAAGGACGAUUCGUCGCGGUGGACUAUAAGGCUGUUGAAGCCAUGCAACCAGGAAGUAGCAGUUUUGAUGCAAAUGAGAUAGCUUCUUUUAUGAAGAAGAUUGGUUUUGAAAACAAAACAACUGUUUAUUUGACUCUAAAUGGCUGGCACACAAGCAUUGAGCAUUUCAGAAACGUAUUUCCCAACACCUUCACCAAGGAUGCAAUCAUUCCAGCAGAUGAGAAGUCCAAGUUUCUGGAUCCUGGAAGGCCAGAAUUGAAGCAAAUUAUAGACUUCUAUGUAUCUUCUGCAGCUGAUGUUUAUGUACCAACAUCGUCAAAUGUAUUUUCUGACAAUGUGAUUGCAAGGAGAAUCGGCAGUGGGAAAACGCAAGUUCUUGUGCCCACCAACAGAUCUUCACUUUCUGCAGAAGACUAUAUUCCUCCUUACAUAUCCAAGAGCAAGCAUUGGGCGUAUUCAUGCUUUUGUUCAUAAAAUCAUAAAUCAAAUGAAGGAUGGAGGGGGGAAUGAAUAAAUCAAGAUUGGUUGAAGUUUCGCAUACUAUUGCGCCUUAGCUUGUAAACCAAUCAAAAGUGUAAUAAAUGUUUUACUUGGGGAAGUGUUUAUACCAAAGUUUAUUAUUAUUAUUAUUAUUAUUAUUUUUUAAA